AUGGAAAUUCCUCCUCCUAGAUUCAAUUUCACAGUAAUCUUCCUCAUCAUCAUUUCUCUCUCUUUUGGUUUGAUUUCAUUCUUCUUGUGUAUAGCUGCUGAGAUAAAGAGAAAUAAGGAAGAGGAUCUUAGAUGGAAUGGAAAACUAUGUUAUAUGGCAACAAGUAAAGCAUUUGGACUAAGUAUUGCAACAUUGGUUAGUUUAUUUUUUGCACAUAUCAUUGGGAAUUAUGCAUUAGUAAAGAAUUCUUAUUCAAGAUGGAAAAGUAUCUCCAAGUUUAAGAUACCUACUUCUUCAAAGGUUCUGUAUUUUAUAUCUUGCAGGGUUAGCUUUGGAAUUGUAGUUAUAUUAUUGAUUGCUGCAACAAGUAUGAGUAGAAAGCAACUGUAUGGGAAAGGAUGGUUGAAUGGUGAGUGCUACAUAGUGAAAGGAGGAACAUAUUUUGGUUCAGCUAUGUUGAUUCUUGUUACAAUUGGUUCUCUAAAUGGUUCAUCUUUCUCAAUAUUAAAAUCUAGACAAGAACAAGAAGAUAGGAAAAUACUCAAACAAAGUGGUAUACAUUAA